CGGGCCCCACGCCGCCCAGGCGACCCAGGAGGCCCAGAAAUUCGGGUGCUUCCGUGCACUGCAGCGUCCGGGACUGGAACCGGGGUCGCUGCUCCUCGGCGCCGCGAUGCAGGUCUCCAGCCUCAACGAAGUGAAGAUUUACAGUCUCAGCUGCGGCAAGUCCCUUCCCGAGUGGCUUUCUGACAGAAAAAAGAGAGCACUUCAGAAGAAAGAUGUCGAUGUCCGUAGGAGAAUUGAACUUAUUCAGGAUUUUGAAAUGCCUACUGUUUGUACCACUAUUAAGGUAUCAAAAGACGGGCAGUAUAUUUUAGCAACCGGAACAUAUAAACCUCGAGUUCGAUGUUACGACACCUAUCAAUUAUCCUUGAAGUUUGAAAGGUGUUUAGAUUCAGAAGUUGUCACCUUUGAAGCUUUGUCUGAUGACUAUUCAAAGAUUGUCUUCCUGCAUAAUGAUAGAUACAUCGAAUUUCAUUCGCAAUCAGGUUUCUACUACAAAACCAGAAUACCAAAGUUCGGGAGAGAUUUUUCUUACCAUUAUCCAUCCUGUGACUUGUACUUUGUUGGCGCAAGCUCUGAAGUUUAUAGAUUAAACUUGGAACAAGGACGGUUCCUGAAUCCUCUACAGACUGAUGCUGCGGGGAAUAAUGUUUGUGACGUAAAUUCAGUGCAUGGCUUAUUUGCCGCAGGAACAAUAGAGGGCCGAGUGGAGUGCUGGGACCCGAGGACGCGUGGCAGGGUUGGCCUGUUAGAUUGCGCCUUAAGUAGCGUCACACCUGAUUCAGAGAUAAACAGUUUACCAACGAUCUCUGCUUUGAAAUUUAAUGGUGCCUUGACCAUGGCAGUUGGAACAUCCACAGGGCAGGUUUUAUUGUAUGAUCUUCGGUCUGAUAAGCCAUUGCUAGUUAAGGAUCACCAGUAUGGGCUGCCCAUUAAAUCAGUUCAUUUCCAGGAUUCAUUAGAUUUGAUUUUGUCUGCUGACUCUCGCAUUAUCAAAAUGUGGAAUAAGAACUCAGGAAAAAUAUUUACUUCCUUGGAGCCAGAGCACGACAUCAAUGACGCUUGCCUCUAUCCCGGCUCAGGAAUGCUUCUUACUGCCAAUGAAACCCCCAAGAUGGGCAUCUAUUACAUUCCGGUUUUGGGUCCCGCUCCCAGGUGGUGUUCCUUCUUAGACAACUUGACAGAAGAAUUGGAAGAGAAUCCAGAAAGCACAGUUUAUGAUGAUUACAAAUUUGUCACCAAGAAAGACCUUGAAAAUUUAGGGCUCACCCAUCUCAUUGGAUCACCUUUUCUCCGGGCAUAUAUGCAUGGAUACUUCAUGGAUAUAAGACUCUACCACAAGGUGAAAUUGAUGGUAAAUCCAUUUGCUUUUGAAGAAUAUAGGAAAGAUAAGAUCCGACAGAAGAUAGAAGAAACACGAGCACAGAGAGUCCAAUUAAAGAAAUUGCCAAAAGUUAACAAAGAGCUGGCACUUAAAUUAAUGGAGGAAGAAGAGGAAAAGCAAAAAUCCACAUGGAAAAAGAAGGCUAAGAGCCUUCCUAAUAUUCUCACCGAUGAUCGAUUUAAAGUUAUGUUUGAGAACCCUGACUUCCAAGUAGACGAAGAGAGUGAAGAAUUUAGGCUUUUGAAUCCACUUGUUUCCAAAAUUAGUGAAAAAAGGAAGAAGAAACUAAGACUCUUAGAGCAACAGGAACUUCAUGAAAAAGAAGAGGAGGAAGAACCGGAAGGAAAACCAAGUGAUGCAGAAAGUUCUGAGAGCUCGGAUGAUGAAAAAGACUGGGUUGCAGAGGUCAGGAAACAGCGCCGACUUCUCCAACAGGAGGAAAAAGUGAAGCGGCAGGAACGGCUCAGAGAGGACCGGCAGACGGUCCUCAAGCCCCAGUUUUAUGAGAUCAAAGCCGGCGAGGAAUUCCGAAGCUUCAGAGAUUCGGCCACAAAGCAGAAGCUGAUGAAUAAAACCCUUGAAGACCGGCUGAAACUCGAAGCGAAAAAUGGGACGUUGAGUGUAUCGGACACCACGGUUGGCAGCAAACAAUUGACGUUUACAUUGAAGAAGUCAGAACAGCAGAAGAGGCAUCAGGAGGCCGCGAAACUGCACCGACAAGAGAGGAAGGCCCUCCGCCGGCCAGCCGGCCCCCUGAGGUGCAGGCCCCGGAGAGGGCGGCCGCCCCACUGAGUCUGCACCCGAGCCCGCGUGUGAUUCGGAGGAGCUCGCCCCCCGCCGGACCAUCGUUAGAGGGUGCUGUCUGCGCCGGGGACGCGCGCCCCCGAAG